AUGACGCGCACUUCUACACCUCCAACCCUACUCCAACUCCAAAGCGCAGAAUCGCUGUCAUCUCAAGGUGCACUACUUCGUAGCCUGAAGAACGAAACAAUUGGCCAUGAUCAACGCAAGGAGAUUUAUAUCAAGCGGGGAAUCAUUCCGGCUCUCACCAAGGUUCUCACGUCACGGAAACUGAGCGGGAAGAGCGUUGCGGCUACGGUUAAAGAAUCGUCUGGCAUCAAGUCGGAGGAAGACGAGGCUUGUCUUCAGGCGAUAAUCAUCCUUGGUAGCUUGGCUCAAGGCGGCCCAGCGUUCCUCGCGCCCAUCCUCGCUGGCAAUAUACUUCCGACCCUCCUGUCUUUCCUGUCGUCUCCCAACUGUCCUUCCUUCUAUCGCCUUCCCAUCCUCCGAACACUCAAUAGCAUUGCAGAUCGACUACCAUUGCAAAGUCAACAGAAACUGCACAAGGAUACGCGCUUGGCAGAACUGCUCUUUUCUAAGGAGCAUGUUGGAUGCUUGGCUCAGAUCAUCGGGCAAGACUAUACGUCUUAUCAGGCACAGGCUUCCAUUGAAUUGGCUGCAUCGUUGAUUGGGAAGCUGUGCACCGAGGAGGCCCACAAGACUGUCCUGGCCGACUCGGGGGUGUUGGAUGCUCUUGCUGUCAAGGUCGCCUCGUUUGUAGUUGCCCAGGGAUUCGUUCUGCCCGGCGCAGAGGAGCAUGUCCAGGAGCCGAGCGCACUGGGAUCCUUGCCCCCUCCAGCACCUUCAAGUGCCAAGCUAGCUCCAAUCCUUCGCGCGGUCACAGUGAUCAUCGAGCACUCCAAGUGGCGAGCUGAGCAUUUCCUUUCCUCGCCCGGCAUUGUGACUGUUUUCCCCAAGCAGUUGCCCGAAUUCGCUCCCUCGGACAUCAAAAAGGGUCCCUGGGGGUCAACAUAUUUCUCCGGUUCUGCGGUGCCACGACAUGCCGGGAUUAGCCCACUCGAGAGUCUGCUGCCAUCGGUUCCAUCAUCUCCCUCGACAACACCGGCAAAUGCAGCCAAUUUCCCCCCUUUAGGUCACCAAGGUGCGCGCCGUCGUCCCAGCCACUCGUUCCCCUCAUCCUUCUCGCUUUUUGAGUCGACAUCUUCCGAGGAGGAUGAGAAUUGCAUCAUCCCCUGGCUCCUUUACAUGGUUCGCGCGGAGAACGGCAUGGUUCGGUUGAUGGCAGCUCGCCUCGUCACCGUUCUUUUCCGCCUUGGCCUGGCCAAGAAGCAUCGCGUCUCCCUGCUUUCCUACCUGUUGAUCCCGAUCCUUAUCCGAAUGCUCGACAAGGACUAUGAAAUACCGGACGAUGACAGUGUCGAAUACGGCGGCCUCAUCCCCGCAACCGCGCGUCUUAAGGAGGAAGCCCCUGCAGUACUCGCAGCUCUGGUGAUUGACGAUCAGGAAUUGCAAAAACACGCCGUCGAGGGAGGCGCGAUUAAGCGGUUAUCGCAAUUACUGAAGGAGUCCUACAACCCGAUUCACGAGAAUACCAAGCCAAUGUGGCACCCAGACGCCGACGAGACUGCUCCAAUUUCCGAUGCGCAGCCAGUAGAAUGUAGACUCGGUCCUCCCGGGUUCUCGCCAGCUCACUGCCAUGUCAUGCGAUAUCGUGAGAAUAUUCUGAAGGCACUUGCAGCUCUCGUUCCUUUCAAGGAUGAAUAUCGCAAGCUCGUGUGCGAGAAUGGAGUGGUGCCGUACAUCAUCGAUUCUCUCAAGCCUUGCCCUAGCGAGCUGCCAGUGGACAUACCGAGUCCCAAGAACACUGCCACGGAUGGCAAUCCAACUCCGACUCUCUUGGCCGCUUGUGGUGCUGCGCGAAUGCUCACUCGUUCCGUUAGCGUCUUGAGAACAAGUUUGAUUGAUGCUGGUGUUGCAGCUCCUCUUUUUGUUCUGAUCCGACAUCCUGAUAUAGAAGUGCAGAUUGCUGCAACGUCGGUUAUCUGCAAUCUGGCAUUGGAUUUUAGUCCAAUGAAAGAGGCAAUCAUCUCAGCCGAUAUUCUACCGGUGCUAUGCGAGCACGCGCACUCGCCGAACACAAAGCUUCGUAUCGAGUCAUUGUGGGCACUGAAACAUGUCGCCUACAAUUCCGCCAACGAUGUUAAGAUCAAGAUUAUUGACGGCCUUGGGCCUGGGUGGAUCAAGCAGAUUAUUACGCAGGACCCUACUAGUGCCCUUGCGAAACGGGGAAUGGAAGGCGAGGUGGACAGCAGUGCGGCGGUGGGUAUGAGCCGAGCCAAUUCGGCUGGGGAACAAGUCGACCUGUUGAACCCGGUUGAGGAUCCCCAAAGCCGGGGCGAAGAUCUCAAAAUGACCGACACCCUGCCUGCGUCCAAGAUGAGCCUGGAGAUGUUUUUGCCGGAUGCGACUAGGCGGCGAAAGCUCGUGUUGAAUGGAGAUUUGGACCAGACCACACAGGCUCGGCAGGAUGAUAUCGCGGUGCAGGAGCAGACUUUUGACUUACUACGUAAUCUUGUAUGUGGGACAGGAGCGUCGGAGAUGAUUGACCACAUCUUCAAGGAGAUUGGGCAGGACCUCAUCCUCGACGCGCUGGCGGACAAGCUUAAACCUCGCACCAUCAAUCUCCCACACCGGCGGGAAUCCUCAGCCAGUCGUGCACUCAACGUUCCCACCGAGAUUCUGAUCUCGGUCACGUUUGUCAUCAUCCAUCUUGCCGCGAGCCUUCCAUGGCAUCGGCAAGUCUUGGUGUCCCAUCCCACCCUUCUGCAACAUCUCAUGUGGUACUUUAACCACAGUCACCGGGACGUGCGUAUCAACUGUGUUUGGGUUGUCAUCAAUCUUGCAUACGAAGACGACGUGAGUGACCGGGAUGGCUGUCGCGAGCGAGCCUUGAAGCUACGGUCCCUUGGCGUAAUGGAACGGUUGACUAGCCUCCUCGAUGACCCCGACCUUGAUGUGCGAGAACGCACAAAAACGGCAGAGCACUUGAUAAUACCGGCCUCAAUUCUGCGUGCUCUCUCCCUUUCCGAUGCCACCAAGGCCAGCCUGUCAACCGCAGGCUUAGGCUCCGGCUUCACCAGCACCGGGGCGAUUCGAGCCACCGUCCCCACCGCCGAUGGGACAGGCGAGGAAGAGCGACGGUACUUCGUCAAGACGUCAGCCGACGGCAAGGCUGCUGAGGAGAUGUUCCACGGCGAGUACGAGUCUCUCAACGCAAUCGCACACUCGGUGCCGGGGUUCUGCCCUCGAGCACUAGCCUGGGGUCCGCUGGCUGAAGCAGACGAGGACGACAGCAAGCCCAAGAGCUUCUUUCUCGCGACCGAAUUCCUCGAGUUAGGCGCCGGCGCCGGCGGCCGGCGGACGGGCGAGUCUCUCGCGCAGCGUCUGGGCAAGCUACACUCCACGCCCGCACCGGCGGAUCCCGAGACGGGCAGGCGGCGGUUUGGGUUCCCCGUUGCGACGUUCUGCGGGGACACGAAGCAGCCGAAUCGAUGGCGAGACUCGUGGGCGGAGUUUUACGCGCAGGAGCGGCUGCUGACGGUCCUCGAGACGUCGGAGAAGCGGAAUGGCAAGGAUGCGGGCUUGCGGGAGAUGGUGGAGCGGACGGUGCGCGGUGUGGUGCCGGCGCUCCUGGGGGAUGGACAUCUGGGUUACGACCGGGAUGGGAACGGGGAGGGGAUCACGCCGGUGGUUGUGCAUGGGGAUCUGUGGAGUGGGAAUGCGGACCGGGGACGGAUCGUCGGCAGUGGGCGCAAGGAGGACGAGGAGGUGGGCGAGGUUGUCUAUGAUCCGUCGGCGUGCUAUGCGCACAGCGAGUAUGAGCUGGGGAUCAUGAAGAUGUUUGGGGGGUUUGGGUCGGCGUUCUUCGAGGCCUAUCAUCGCAUUGUGCCCAAGACCGAGCCGGUGGAGGAGUAUGAGGACCGGGUGAGGUUGUACGAGCUGUACCAUCACCUGAACCAUCAUGCCAUCUUUGGGGCUGGAUAUCGAUCCGGUGCUGUAUCGAUUAUGCAGAAGCUUCUUAAGAAAUACGGCGAUUAG